AUGUCUGGGGAGAGCGAGGAGACCACCCGCCUUCGCAAGCCUCGUUUCUCCUACGAGGAGAACCAGAUCCUCAUCCAGGAAGUGCGCGCCAACUACGGCAAGCUCUACGGCAGCCAGAGCCGGCGGGUGACGGUGGCCGAGCGCCGGCGCGUCUGGGAGGGCAUCGCUGGCAAGAUCAACGGCAUCACCAGCUGGAAGCGCACCGGCCAGGAGGUGCAGAAGCGCUGGAAUGACUUCAAGAGGCGCACCAAGGAGAAGCUGGCCCGGGUGCCCCACUCCACCCAAGGGGCGGGCAGCGCCGGCGAGGAGGCCUUCUCGGCCGAAGAGGAGACGCUCUUCGCCAUCCUGGGGCCUGGCCUGAGGUCAGGGCCGGGUCCAGGAGGGGCAGAGUCUGGGGUCUUGCAGGGCACGUCCAGCUGCGGGGCUCCCAGUUACCAACCGGCAGCGGAGCAGGGUAUGGAUCUGCCCACCAGGCUCAACGGCCCCGGCAGCCCAGAGACCUCUGCCCAGCCUUCCUGCUUGCUGAAACCCAAGGAACGAGACUCACCGCCGCCCCCUCCAGGCCAACCUUCAUCAUUGCAGAUUGUCCAGCUGGCUCCGUCUCCGUCCUGCUUAGGCUGCCGGCCGCAUCCCGAACAUUCCCCGCCAGAGUUGUUGGGUACCACUCCCUGCCCUUCGACUUCGCCCCCCCUGCGGCGCCGACGUGCCCAGCUGGACCUGCCUGCCGAGCCCCCUCUGGAUUUCCUUCAGGCUCAGAGGGAGACGGCUGUAGCCAUCCGGGAGCUGACCUACACCCUGCGGCAAGGCCUGGAACGGCUCACGGAUGUGGUGGCGGCACUGCUGCCCCUCCUUCCAGCCCUGCCCAACGGUCUGCUGCCCCCACAGGGGGAAUACAGUCUCCCCACGGCAGCCCCGGGCACAGAGACGGCCUCUCCUCGGGAGGGCAUGCCUGCCAAGUCGGAGCUGUCUCCCAGGCAGGAAGAGGACAGGGCUGACUGGGGGUCAUCUCCAAACAGGGCCCCUCCGGCACCAAAGCGGAGGACGGGGACCCCAACUCGGAAACGCAGAGGACGCUGGAAGAAUUUGUGA